AUGCCUUGGAACCAUUCAACAAGGACUGUUGAAGAUGGAAUAGAAACAGUGCUAACCCCCAAGAUUGCACUGCAAAUUGUAAGGUUGAUUAUUUCAAAAAAAAUAGUUCAACAUUAUAGAGACGCUUAUGUUGAUCCAAUAAGUUGGUUAAAGAGUGAUGUUUACAGCAUCGGUGUAAUUUUAUGGGAGAUAUCAAGUGGUAGUUACAUCGAGGCGAAGAAUACGACAUUCUUCUGGUAG